AACGUUUGUGUUGGAGAGUAGAACGUGAAAUUACGUGACGUAAAUGUGUUAGGGGCUGGACGAAUUGACGUGGCAUAUAAAUAUUUUCCAUUCUUUCUAUUGUUAUAUUUUUAAUAAAACGUACAGUUUACUUUAGUUUUAACUCCGACUUCCUUAACAACUUUUCUUCAAAAUGGGACUGUCCCUUUCUUCAUUAUUUAACAGACUUUUUGGUAAAAGGAACAUGAGAAUCUUGAUGGUUGGUCUUGAUGCUGCUGGAAAGACAACAAUUCUGUAUAAAUUAAAGCUUGGAGAAAUCGUGACAACUAUUCCAACUAUAGGGUUCAAUGUUGAAUCAGUUGAAUACAAAAAUAUAAGCUUUACAGUUUGGGAUGUUGGUGGCCAAGACAAAAUCAGACCUCUCUGGCGACAUUACUUUCAAAAUACCCAGGGUCUCAUUUUUGUUGUAGACAGUAAUGACAGAGAGAGAUUAGCAGAGGCUAAAGAUGAGUUAACAAAGAUGCUGCAAGAAGACGAGUUGCGAGAUGCUUUACUGCUGGUGUUUGCCAACAAACAGGAUCUUCCUAAUGCCAUGUCCUGUGCAGAUAUCACAUCCGCCUUGGGCUUACAAAACAUGAGAAACAGAAAGUGGUAUAUCCAAGGUGCCACUGCCACGCAAGGAACUGGGUUGUAUGAAGGUCUGGACUGGCUAUCAAACGAACUCUCCAAGUGAUUCUCACCUGUCUGAUCACCCAUCAUCGCCAUCAUCACAUUGCCCGGGUUUACUUUGUUGACUGUCUGUGUCUGUUGUUAUACUGAUGUCAUCUAAUGGGCUGGUGCCUCCCUAUAGCAAAUACUAUGUACAAAUCACACCAUUCAUUGUUUUAUUCACACUGUUUUAGGGAUGUAAUUCUGUGCAAUCUUCCCUCUUGGUGCACUCGUUAAUUUAUUUAUUGUUUGGUGCACUUGGUAGGGUUAAGGGGGACAACUGUAUGAGUAGCCACUGCCCUUCAUGUCCAAAUAUGUUUGAUCAUAUACAAAAACUGGACCAUUUUUUUUUUCUCUGGGAAUGACUGAAAUAAAAGAAUCAACAUUUUUAUGGACUCAGUUCAAUUCAUAGCUUUCUUGUUGUUUGUGAUGAGUAAAUUCACAUUGAAUUGUUUGUGUCCAAGUAUUUUAGUGGGCCUUAUGGAGUAUUACAGUUUAGUUUGUACUAAAUUGUUGUAUGUGUUAUAUAGGCUUGAAGGAGAUAAGUGGUCUCUAUCAUGGCAAUAGAGUGGUGUUGGGGUGGUUCAGUAGAUGGCUGUCAGCAGUUGGGUUUGAUCCUCUGCACAAGAUACGUUAGCUUUAGGUCAUGAAUGAUAUUGCGUUACUGUCACAUGCAGAUCUUUGAAUACGACAACAGUGAUGUUGGUUAUAUGAAGUUUAAUUUAUCAUAAGAGUCUAUUGGUAAAAUUUCUGUUGGUAUAUGCUGCUUAGUUUUGUAUCUGUUUCCAGGAGGCCAAUUUAUUGUUCUUGUUUCUCUAUUAGAUCCAGGGGUCAGUUAAUUGUGAUUGUAUUGUGUCAAAUAGUUUUGAUUGAAUGGCUAGUCAGCACCCAUUGAUCCUGUAGUUUGUCUAUAUCACAAUGUGCAUGUUGUGUGUACACGACUCCAAGCUGUACAGUUAUCUUUUUUAUUAUCGAAGGACAUUCAUAUUUUCUUCUAUUGUAUUUGCAAGCGGUAGUUUCCUUUAGUUAUAUCAGGGCUAGUGAUACCAUUUAGAGAAUAACCUUAAAAAAUGUUUAGGAAAUUAAAAUUGUGUGUAAAUCUAUUUAAAAAAAUAACUCUUAAAAACAAUCUUAGAAAAAGAGAUAAAAGAAUCCUGCCCCUAUAGUUGGAAUAUAUUUUAUAGAUCCGUGAGUGUGUGGAAGAUCCACGGGCAGUUUUAGGUAGAAAAUUCUUGAGUACAAGAUCUAGGAUGAGCCAAUGGUGACAGUGGCAUAUGAUGAUGAUGAAAAUUGUACAGUCAUUCACCUUUUUCUUGGAGAUAUUCUUACAUUCCAGCCUAAUGGAAUCUAGAUCAUGUGAUGUCACCAAAUUGUUUGUAUAAAAAAAUACAUUGUAUCUAUUUUCUUUUUAUUUGAUUUAAUAAUGCUUGUGUCUGUGUCAAGGGAGGAUUACUCUAUGAGUAAAUUAGCUGAUAUCAUUCUUUUUUUUUUCUUCUAUUCUUAGAGGUGUAUUUAUGUGUAGUUUUGUAUGAUAAUAAAAUAGCAACACAAUUUUCUUUGUAUCAAGUAUAAUCAAGCACAUUGGAUAUCGCAAUCAAGUCGUGUUUCAAUUACUGACCUGUUGAUUCGCAGACCUUGUAGGUCAGUUUCUCGAUUUAACAACAAAGGCCAGCGCCAGUUGGUGAUUAACAUUUUAUCUGGCCAGUUGGUGAUGAAACAGCCGUUUUUCUUGUGAUGAGACAUUGAAUGUGAUGCCUGAUGCAAGUCUGGGAUACUCUGGGGUUUUUUAAAUAGUUUUUUUUUGUCUACAUACUUUAUAUUUUGGCAGUUUUAUGAACUCGUGUAAGUAGGGCUGGUGUUUGUCUUCACGCAGAAAGUCUGUGUCAGCUGGUUGGUGGCACAGCAGUGUGCACUGGAGUGUGUUGACACGUGUGUGUUAACUGGCAAGUUGACACGGCCGUGUUAUCACUGACUGUUGACUGAUUUUUUCUUUAGUUUACAGCUUGAUCAGAACAGAGGGCAGAUAUUGUUUAUGGAACUUCUACUUUAUAAAAAACACAUUAAACUGAUGAAAUUGA